CAUUUGUGUUAAUGAGUUUUUUGUUGAAGUGUCGAUUUUCUUCCAUAUUUGAAAUUUUAUCCUCUUUACAUUUGUUAUCCUAUCUGAAGAAUCACCCAUUUUUAUAGUUGCCUACUAGCACUCUGAAUUCUGAGCUGGUAAUCAUUUAGGUUCCUUCUAUUCCUCUUUAUCUUUUUUAUAUUCUUUGUGCCACAUCUCAUUAUAGAAAAAUCACAGAUAGUUUAUUGCAGGCUUCCAAACUAUUGGUUUGUGCUUAUACAUUUUAAAAGGUUUUUGUUAAAAGGCUUUCCCUUCCACUCCCACACACAUGAGUAAAUUAGAGAGCUGGCAACUAAUUAGAUGGUGAGAAUUCUUUCUCAAACACUUUCCCCUGUUCUGUUAUUCAAAGUUCUUUUUUUUAGAAGCAGUGUUUUAAUUGUCAAAAGAUUUGAAGGGUAUUUUGCUGUUUCAGUUGUUUAGAACUUUGCUAUCACAGAUAAAUGUUUUUCUUCCUGAAAACGGAAUAUUUCUAAGCCACAGUGAAAAUUACCUGUGCUUUUUUAAAAAAAUUUUUUUAAAGAUUUAUUUAUUUGGAAGUCAGAGGGACAGAGAGAGAGAGAGUGAGAGAUCUUCUGUUUGCUGCUUUACUCCGCAAUGGCCACAACAGCCAGGUCUGGGCCAAGCAAAAGUCAGAAGCCAGGGACUCCAUCCUGGUCUUCCACAUGGGUGGCAGGGGCCCAAGCACUUGGAUCAUCUUCUGCCUUUCUGGGUACAUUAGCAGGAAGCUGGAUCAAAAGCAAAGCAGCCAGGGCACAAAUCAGUACUCCUAUAUGGAAUGCCAGCAUCAAAAGUAGCGGCUGCACCACAGUGCCAGCUCCUGCACUUUAUAGAACAUCUGACCUUCAGCUUCUGUGGGUUCUGCUUUCAUGGAUUCAACCAACCUCAGAAAAUAUUUGGGGGAAAAAUGCAUCUAUACUGAACAUGUUCAGAGAGGAUUAGUGAUCUACGUGUGCUUUUUCAAGGGAGCCGAUAAAGAACUUCUUCCCAAAAUGGUUAAUACACUGUUGAAUGUGAAAUUAAGUGAGACAGAAAAUGGGAAGCAUGUGUCUAUAUUGGAUCUACCUGGCGACAUUCUUAUCAUACCUCAAGCCACCCUUGGGGGACGAGUGAAAGGAAGAAGCAUGCAGUAUCAUUCCAACUCUGGGAAGGAAGAGGGCUUAGAACUUUACUCCCAGUUCGUGACUCUAUGUGAAAAAGAAUUAGCUGCUAACAGCAAGUGUGCUGAAGCGGGGGUUGUGGUGGAACAUGGCACUUACGGGAACCGGCAAGUGUUAAAGCUGGACACCAAUGGACCGUACACACACUUAAUUGAGUUUUGAAAACAUGAAGGGGCCAAUGCUGUGGUGUAGCGGGUAAAGCCACCACCUACUGUGACGGCAUCCCAUAUGGACACUGGUUUAAGUCCCCGCUGCUCCACUUCUGAUCCAGCUCUCUGCUAUGGCCUGGGAAAGCAGUAGAAGAUGGCCCAAGUCCUGUGUGGGAGACCCAGAAGAAACUCCUGGCUCUUGGCUUCGGAUCAGCCCAGCUCUGUCUUUGUGGCCAUUUGGGGAGUGAACCAAUGGAUGGAAGACUUCUCUGUCUUCUCUGCCUCUGCCUCUCUGUAACUCUGUCUUUUGAAUAAAUAAAAUAAAUACUAAAAAAAAAAUAAAAAGUAAAAAAAUGCAACACAUGUUUAUGCCCUCAACUUUACAUGUAUGUAAUAAAAAAAUACCUUUGUGUUAGAAUUGGGUAAAAAUGCAGCAUAAACCAAAGAUAACUUUGUCAAUUUUGUUUUGUUAAUGCAAUUUUCCAUACUUGGAAUGAGGAGUAUGUGAUUUAUUAUUCCAUUUAAUAAUAGCUAUGAAAAUGCAAUUUCGAAAUGUUAAGUAUAUUACAUUACAAUGUUUUACAUUGUUUUAAGAAUUCUUAAUUGAGGGGCCAGUGCUGUGGCAUAGUAGGUAAAGCCACCAUCUAUGGGCGCUGGCAUCCCAGAUGGGCACUGGUUUGAGACCCAACUGCUCCAUUUGUGAUCCAGCUCCCUGCUAAUGCACCUGGAAAAACAGCAGAAGGUGGCCCAAAUGCUUGGGCCCCUGCACCCAUGUGGAAGACCCAGAAGAUCCUGGCUCCCAGCUUCUAACUGGCCCAACUCUGGCCAUUGCAGCCUUUUGGGGAGUGAACCAGAGGAUGGAAGAAACUCACUCACUCUCUCUCUCUCUCUCUCUCUCUAACUCUGCCUUUCAAAUAAGUAAAUAAAUCUUUUUUUUUUUUAAGAAUCCUUAAUUGAUACAGGAACAAGAUAGGGGUUUAAAAACUUUUUAUUAACUAUAUUCAAAAAAUAAGUGGAUGUUCUAUUUCUCAGUUUUUAUCAAAAUGAUGUAUGUCUCACUUUUAAUUUUUUUAUUUUUACUGGCUUUUAAAAGAUUGCUUCAUGAAAUUAUUGUUAUUAAAUUUGUUGUCAAGUUAUUCUGUUGGAUUAGAUAAUUAUAA